CCUCCUACCGCCACCGCUCUCCACCUGAAGACCAUGGAAGCCGCUACGUCAGCUGCGAAACCUCCGACGAUUGCGAAUGCUGAUGCCGACGUUAACCACCAAAGCCGUGCCCUGCGACCUCCUUGAUGCACAUCUCCCGCCUACUUUUGAGAGAAGCAGCGUUGAGGCAGAAAUGUAGCUCAACCGCCCUCGACCGCAGACACGCGAUUAUCAGCCGGUCAGCUCCACGAGCGAGCGACUCACUGCGCCGACCAUUAUCCUCGUCCCGCCUCCGCCGCAGUACCCGAACCUUCUCGACCGCCUGUAGAGGCUGAAGGCAGAGUUCGCUAGAAUCGACCCACGCUAUCAGGCCAUCGAGUCGAACGCUACCAAGCGUGACGUUGCUGCGCUUUCCGAGCAGGUGCACACACUGAAAGAUGGCGGCGAAGAUGAAGCUGGACAAUCCGGGGAGGGUAUGAGACCACAUACGAGCGGACCAAAGAAGAGACAAGGCGCGGGGGAACACAUUGGC